AUGGAAAGCACACGCCUACAAGAACCUGAUGAAUUGGAGAUAGCGAAUGGACAUGAUACUGAUAAGGCUGCCGAAAGCGAGACCGACAAGGAGGGGGACUCCAGUGAGUCGGGAAGUGAGGAUGAAGAAGAGCACGAACAAGACAUCAAAGUCCAAUUCGAGCACAUCAUCGCCGGCUUCAGGGAGGGCAAGCUGAACAUCAAAACCAUCAUCAGCAACCAGGACGAAUACAACUACCUUGACCAAAGGACAAACGACCAUAAUCCGAGGAAUCUUCUGCACAUGAUUGUAGAGGCAGGAAAGGACAGCGCGAGUGCGCUGAAGCCGCUCGUGGAACAUGUGAUCAAGCAGCAUUGUCACCUCAUGAAAGAAACGGACAGUGCUGGCACCACGCCACUGCAGGCGGCCAUCAUAGGCGGCAUCACUAAACUUGUGGAGUAUAUGUGCGAUGCCUAUAAUGCCAAGGGGAAUAUCGAUGUCGUUCUGGCGCUUGUGGACUCAAAGAAUAACAACUGCCUUCACAAAGCCAUGCUCAGCAAGCACAAGUAUGCGCGCAGAAUUGCCCUCAAGCUCAUCAAACGAGUACGCAAUGCUAAGACGCUGGAAGCCCAGAAUAACGAAUUCAAAACCCCGCUUCACAUUGCCGUCGAGUGGGAGCGCUGCACAGAAUCGCAAAUGGACGUCGUGCGCGCACUAGUGAACGCUUGCGACGCUGCUCUGAACGUCAAUGUAGGCGCCGACAUCGAGCCGUAUCGGCUAUCGGUGUAUCGAUACCACGAGAAGACGAGACAAGCAGCGAAGAAGGCUGAAGCUGAGGCUAAAGACACAAGAGAAGAGCGCAGCAGUAACAGAUCGAGCGACAAAACAAUAACCAGCAGCCGAAACGCAAAGGAAAGUUCUAAAAGUGUACCAGGAGGGCAACAGGUGCCAAAAGCCCCAGAUCAGGUCCGUCCAGUCCCAACCCACCAGCUCAAUCGCUCCAAGGAACAGCCACAGAGCAGACACAAGGAUUCAGCGACUGAGCAUCAGGAUCUUCCAAUGAAAGGAAUUCAGCGCCAGCCUACACGACUCGAUAUUGUGAAUGAAUCUAGGCCAGGUGGGAAAUUAUCUGUGGCGAUGUCGCCUGCCGUGUCCAAGGCACCGGCCUCGGGUACUAACAAGGCAUCCAAACAUAAAGAAGUGGUCACAGAGACGACGGCAAAUGCAAUUCGAGACUUCUUGAAGCUGUAUUACAUGGGAACCCAAGAAGAUCACGAAAGCAUUGUUUCAUUUCUCUAUGGGCCAGUUCAAGAAAAGGAGCUGUACUGGUCAUUGGCCGAUGGGCCUCCCAUAGUUUCAUUGCAGAGGCUGCAGAAGAUGAGUUACGUCAAUUUCGAAGAUACUCUCAAAUACGUGUUGCUCCCCAACAUCCGGAUAGAAAAACCUCCAGCUGCGGUUUCCAAAUUUCUCUCAAGGUCUACUGCCAAGGAUACAGGCAAAGGUCGGGAUGACUAUACGGUUAUUUUUGACUGGCUUCGAAGCAAGGGCGUGAAGCGAAUCUUCAAUCUAUACAUCGACGAUAGCGAACAGCCGGCUCACAGUGAUGAGACCAUUGAAAAAGCUCUCCAGGGAAUUGAGGUGCUCAAGGUUUGGGACUGGCAGAGAACAGAUCUCAGCUCCGAGGUCAUAGCAAAAGCUGCCCCGAAUGUCAGUCAAGUCAACCUCUACUGGGGUGGAAACAAUGCUGUCCUGCGCAGCUGGAGUGAGUCAGAGGGCCUCAACCAAUUGAAAAAGCUUGACACAGUCGUGCUGUAUGCGACUCAGGGUUUGGAGACACGAGCGAGAGAGAAACGGAACUUGGAUGCAUUUUGCGCAAGACUGAAGCACAACAGAAGCCUACUCAUCGAAAGCAUCGAAAGCAAGCAAUCCAACGAUUCCAAGAACCAAGAACCACUCCCACCAACAAUCGAAGUCCAACGAGAUGCACUUCCUUUAAAGAAGACGGAACUCGGGGAGGGACUAACGGCCGCACAAGAGCCACAAAAGGAUCAACAUAAGUGGCUAACGUGCAUGGAUGAGUUCGCAACCUUCAUUCAGAACGUCGAUCUGGAUACUUCGCGCUUGAGUGGGGUUGAGCAGAGGCCAAUCGUGGUAGCUCUCAUCGACGAUGGAUUAGACAUCAACGAACAAUCCGUAGUCGACAAAGUGAUUGGAGGCCGCAGCUUCCGCAACCAAAACAAUCUUAACGCGCCAUACUGGGCAACUAGUGGCUUUCAUGGCACCGUCAUGGCAAGCCUGAUUUGCAGGGUUUGUCCCAUGGUCCAGCUUUACGUUCUUCGGCUCGAUGAGUAUAGUGGCAAAGAGCAAGGCAAACGGCAAAUUACGGCUAAGAGCGCCGAAAAGGCCGUGCGCGCAGCUAUCGACCGAGGUGUAGACAUUAUCUCUAUGUCGUGGACAAUCGAGAAGACGGUUGACAACGAAGCCGACAUCAGGAAGCUUGAAAUUUCUCUGGACGAAGCGGCUAAGAAGAACAUCCUUCUCUUCUGCUCUGCCAACGACCAGGCUACCGACGCCAAUGGGAGCCAUCCAGCCGCCAACCCAACACGCUUCAAGAUCGGUGCCGCGACAGCAUGGGGCACCGCCUGGCGCUGGACUCGGGCCUCUCAUGUCGACUUCAUCUUCCCUGGCGACCGGGUCAUCAAAGACCGGCCUGGCAAUGUGCCAUUCGAGAAGUGCAGUCUAGUCAGCGGCUCGAGCGUCGCGACAGCCUUGGCAGCAGGUUUGGCUGCUUUGGUACUAUAUUGCGUACAGUUCUCGGUCUAUCAUCGCAAUGCGACAAAUCAGCAAGGCAAGGGCGUUACGUUGGAAGACUUCCAAGCUAUGAAAACGCGUGAUCGCAUGGCGGAAGCGUUUCAUGCAAUCUACACUACCAGGGACAGCGAUAAUAAGUAUAUUGAGGUUUGGAAUACUUUCGAGACAGCACCAAGAGAAGGGGAGGGUAAGGACAAGGAUACUAAACGUGAGAUUAUUGUGACCGUGGCGAACAAACUGAUUUCUAGAAGGAAAUUAGUUUUUAGGUCUUGA